CAUGCGAUAAACAAACAAGAAUGUAAGUGAACUGCUUUACUUUCCCCACCCCUUUUCACCACAGACCUCUGCGCACAGAGAGAGAGAGGAAAAUUCCGCCUUUUUUGACUACUCCUCACGACGACUUCUCUAAACCGCAGAAAACUUCUCCGAGAAUCUUUCAACCGAUUUCUUGAUUCACCAACAAUGGCAGCAAAGCCCACGUCCAGUGCAGUCACUCCGACGAUAAUCCCUCAGAAACUACAGCCCCAGAAGCAGGGGGUAAUCGAGCAACAAGAGAAGCGAAUCGAAGAGGUUUUAUCUUAUCCAAUCCUUCUAUCGGACCAAAUCAGUGAAGCGGUUAAGGAGGCGGAGUCCUUUAAGUUCGAGUGCUCCGAGGUGGGCAAGCAGGUUGAACGCCUCUGCCAAAUGCUCCGCUCCGCCGUUCGUCUCGCUACAUCCACCACCGCCGGCGCCACCUUCUACGAUCGUCCCCUACGCAGAAUCGCCGCCGAGGUCUCCAAGAAUCUUGAAAAGUCUUUGACCCUUGUCAAGAAAUGCCGGCGGCGGAGCAUGCUCCGCCGUGUUGUGACUAUCGUCUCCGCCGCGGAUUUUCGGAAGCUACUCGCACUUCUGGACUCCUCCGUGGCUGAUAUGAAAUGGGUUUUGAGCAUCUUCGACGCUGGUGGCGCCGGCGGAGGUAUUGUCCUUAGUUUGCCUCCAAUUGCUAGUAAUGAUCCUAUAAUUUCUUGGGUUUGGUCUUUUAUCGCUUCAUUGCAUAUGGGCCAAUUGCCAGAUAAGACCGAGGCCGCAAAUGAAUUGGCUUCUUUAGCUAAAGAUAAUGAUAGGAAUAAGCAAAUUAUAGUUGAAGAAGGUGGGAUUUUGCCUUUGUUAAAGUUAUUAAAGGAUAGUUCAUCAUUAGAAGCACAAAUUGCUGCUGCAUCUGCACUUAUUAAUUUAGCUAAUGAUGAAGAAAGGGUGCGGGCAAUCAUAGAUGAGUCAGGGAUUCAAAUUAUUGUUCAAGUUUUGGGGGAUUCACCGACGAAGGUUCAAAUAAGGGUUGCGAAUUUGGUAGCUAAGAUGGCUGAGCAUUGUCCUCUUGCACAAGAGGAUUUUGCAAGGGAGAAUGUGAUUAGGCCACUUGUGACAUUGUUGUCAUUCGACUUGUUCAUGGAUGAUCCUAAGCUAAAAUCAGCAAAACAAAGUAUUCAUUCCAUUGUUCAGAUUAACAAGGAAAUGGAGAAGAAGAAUUUGUACAAACCAGGAUCCAGUUCAUCUUUGUCUAAGCAUUACUCAGAGGGAAGUAGUAAGUGGGGGAAUCAUAGGAAGGACAGGGAGAACGAGAAGCCUGAGGUGAAGCUCAAACUUAAAAUUAGUUGUGCCGAGGCAUUAUGGAUGCUUGCUAGAGGGAGUGUGCCAAAUAGUAGGAGGAUCACAGAGACAAAAGGUUUACUUUGUUUGGCUAAGCUUGUUGAGACGGAAGAAGGCGAAUUGCAGAGUAAUUGCUUGAUGACGAUAAUGGAGAUAACUGCUGCAGCUGAAUCUAAUGCUGAUCUCAGAAGGGCAACUUUCAAGACAAAUUCUCCAGCUGCUAAGGCUGUUGUGGAUCAGCUACUCAGGGUGAUUAAAGAAUCUGAUGAUCCAAGGUUGCAAGGAGCAGCUAUAAGGGCAAUAGGUUCCUUGGCUAGAACAUUUCCAGCCAGGGAGACAAGGGUUGUUGGCCCCUUGGUUGAAGUGCUUGGCCACAGAAAUCAAGAUGUGGCAGUAGAAGCUGCUGUUGCACUUGGGAAGUUUGCUUGUCCUGACAAUUUCCUGUGCGUGGAACAUUGUAAGACUAUAAUUGAGUUUAGAGGUGUUCCACCUCUUAUGAGACUCUUGAGGGGAAAUGAAAGGGCGCAAUUGCAUGGAUUGAUUCUUGCCUGUUACCUUGCCAUUCAUGUACUUCCCUUGCCUACAUUGUUCCAUCGACCAGAGGCUGUUCACGAUUUGGAACGAGCUGGAUUGCUGAAUGCUUUCGAGGGGGUGGAUCGCACAUUCAUCGCUCAACAUCCUGAAUUGAAAGAGUUGAUACCUCAAGCAAUAUACCAUCUAAGUGUGUUUCACCAGUCUCACUCUGGUAUGCUUGCUCAAAGACAGUUCUAAGUUGUAAUACCAUAAAUAUGACUUCGGAGUUCAUGAAAGCCAGUAUCAAUGAGAUGUAGCAGAAACAAAUGGAUGUUGGCACUGGAUUUCAUGGGAGGUAUUAACUGUCUGUACAAAUGAAAAGAGAUUGUAUUUUAAGAAAUAUUGUUUUAUCUUGACAAAGAAAUGGGAAGAUGGAAAUGAAUCAACAUUGAAUAGUAGCUUAUCAUGUUAGCAGCCGCUGCUGUUCUUCUUGGAGUUUAACAUAUCAACAUUUCCGCCGCUCUCAAAUUUUAGAGUUCUUCUGGGAUUAUUUUUCCCUUUUCUCAUGUGUGCAACAAGGAGAACAUGUUAAUCUGUUCUGUACACUGAUCCAUUUCUCCGGCAGUUGCUGCUUUCUGCUCGUUGUAGCAACAAUGAAAACAACUGCCUUCUGCUCGUUGUAGCAACAAUGAAAACUUUCUUACAUAUUUUGUGGGCGUGGUUG